AUGGCUGGCGUAGCAUUGGCUGGAAUGCUUUGCAUUGUACUCUUGCUUUUGCUGCUGCCAGCGGGGCGUGUCAAACGGCAGCCUCACAUUGUGUUCAUUAUGGCAGACGACUUGGGAUGGGACGACGUCAGCUUUCACGGGUCCUCUCAGAUUCCCACGCCAAACCUGGAUGCCUUGGCUGCGGACGGCAUCAUACUCAACAGCUUCUACGCGCAGCCGUCCUGCACACCUUCGAGGUCGGCCCUCCUGACCGGACUGUAUGCCAUACGAACAGGGUUGCAAGCGUUCACGUUGGACGUAGCCGACCCAUGGGGCUUGCCUUUGAACGUGCGCCUUCUGCCCGAGUAUCUCAGGGAGAUCGGAUACGAAACUCACCUCGUUGGAAAGGUAAGUUUUUUUCUUUCUAAAUAUAGCUCAUGGGGAAUCGGCUACUACAAGACAAGCCUCACUCCGACAUGUCGGGGCUUCGACAGUUUCUACGGCUACCACAGCAGCGAAGAGGACUACUACACGCACAGCGUAACCUACGAAAACCACACGGGUGUCGACUUCUGGCUCAACAUGGAACCAUUGUUCUCCGAAAGUGGCUCAUAUUCCACGACAUUGUUCACGGAAAGAGCGCAGUACCUCAUCCGAAACAGGAAUAGGUCAAAGCCGUUCUUUCUCUUGCUGAGUCACCAAGCUGCGCACGGCGCUGGAGAGCAUGAAACAUUUCAGGCACCGCAGGAGAACGUGGACAAAUUUCCAUACAUUGGAGAAAAGAACAGAACAAUCUACGCAGCUCUAGCAUUGCUAUUUGAUAUAUGUGCAGGCAUGGUGGACGCGCUGGACCAGUCUGUAGGAGAAGUGUUCAAGGCUCUCAGCGAUGCCCGCAUGCUCGACAACACUAUCCUCAUCUUCUGCAGCGACAACGGCGGACAACCUUGGGGUAGGCACACGACCCGCAGCUUCAGCUGGCCCCUGCGCGGAUCCAAGGGCACGGUCUGGGAAGGAGGAACCAGAGUCCCCGCUUUCGUCUGGAGUCCCCUCCUGGCGAACACUCGCAGGGUGUCCGACCAACUCAUGCAUAUCACGGACUGGCUACCCACGCUAUACUCAAUCGCCGGAGGUGACGUCGACACGCUAGGGGAACUGGAUGGGUUUAAUAUGUGGCGGUACCUGUCUCAAGGAAUUGGCUCGCCUCGUGUCGAGAUGCUCUACAACAUCGACGACCGGUUUUUGAACAACUCAGCUCUGCGAAGCGGCCGUUACAAGUUGGUGCUCGAUGGUACCGGAUUCAUGAAUGAGCGCUACGCUCGACCGGGUGGUGUCCGUCCGUACGACGACCUCGAUAAGCUGCUCACCGAGUCGACAGCAGCCGAAGUCCUCAGAGGCUUCCACAAAAGGGGGCAUCUGAGGUUUCCCAAGGACUGGAGAGAAAGAGCGGCGUUGAAAUGUGGUAAUCCGGAUGGCGGACAAUUUUACCCGAACGGGACGGUUCACCUGUUCGACAUCAUAGAAGAUCCUUGCGAAUUGAACAAUGUGGCCAGCUUGCAUCCGGAGGUUGUGACGUUCCUGAGGACUCGUAUCGGCGUCAUUAAAGCUAAAGGAAUGCCAUUGCAGCGUGAGCCCAAGGAUCCCGCUGGCUUUCCCGAAAAUCACAAUGGAACCUGGGCGCCGUGGGUGAAUACAUCGUGCGGAUAGAAUUAUAAAAUAUGUGUGGAGAAGAGGUUUAUUGGCGAUGAGUUCCUGCGGUCAAGGACGCUAUAUGCGAGUACGAACGGCGAGGCAGCGA